GGAUACCCGUGCCUUCGUAAAAAAAAACAUAAUUAAAAACUUUUAAAAACACCUGUAUGAGAAGAGGAAUUCUACGUGCGCCGUUUUUACCGUAAAGCCGCUUGUUGAGCCCGCCCUCUCUUUGGUAGAAAACUGUGAUGUCGCUUCGUCUUUAACGAGCUUGACCCAGAAGAACCCAGGGAAGGAGGGGAAAAGAGGGGAGAAAACACACUAAUAACGGAAUAGUCUGGAAGGGGUCGGGACAAGUUUUUAACGAGCAAGUCCAUUCCUCCCUGUUUUCUGGGCUUGGUGGUUCGGUGACCUUCUAUCCAUGAGCACCUAGAGCUCACCUCUACUACCAAACCACGCCCACAGGUGAAGUGUGUAUGGAGCAGUGUGAGAGCGCAGCAGCUCUCCUGGAGUCGGUCAGGGAGCAGGAGGUGCAGUUUGAACAGCUGACCCGGGCGCUGGAGGAGGAAAGGAGGAGAGUGGGCCUCCCUGCCACCAGCCCCUCGGCCCUGGGUCGCCCCCUCCCUCACACACAGAACGGGCGCUUAGGGGAUGCAGACAUAGACCGUCUGAAACUGACUGACUCCUACAUAAACGGCACACAGUACAGAAUGGUGGACCCUGCACACGGGGCUCUGGAUGAGAGCUACACACCAGAGGACGACUCCCAGGAAGUACACUCGGUCUUUUCUGACGAAGGAACAGCUCGACGGCCAGACAAUGGCAUGAAGAAACCAAUCACACGCACAGUCCUGCCCUCUGACUCUAUGUCCAUCGACGGGGGCUUAUCGGUGUCUGGUAUGGGCGGCUACAGCGCCACACUGGACCGUCCUUACAGACAAGCUGGACCAGCAGACUACCCCACGGCCACAGUUCCCAGAAACUACCACUAUGCCCCGGUUGGCGGUUACGGUGACUACCGGGGAGGCCCACCAUCAGAGGCAUACACUAGCCUGAGCAGGGGCUCGCACAUGGACGACCGCUACAGGACAGUUGACGGCUACAGGACGCUGGACUCUGGCUACCGGGCGCCAAGCCGCCAGCAGCUUGACCCGUAUGCAGCACAGCCCCAGGUGAGCCGUGGAAUGAGGGCCUUGGGCUCAGCGUUGGAGGUGCGGUACGGCCACGGCCACUACUGCCUGGAGGAUGACCAGCGCAGUGUAGGAUAUGAUGACUACGGCAUGGGGCCUCCACCCAUGCACCCUGGAGGCUAUGGUACCAUGCCACGCCUAGGGCCCGGCACCGGUGGUAUGGACAGACGGAGACUCAGGAGCUGUGAGGAUACUUUGGACGGCAACAUGGGAGGAGUCGAUCCUUAUACCUGGGAUGUUUCCAUGCCGAUGGAGAGGGGGAGCAUGGCUUCACUGGACAGCACUCUGAGGAAGGCUCCUCCUGGUUCAUGGAGACAGCCAGAGCUGCCGGAGGUCAUCGCCAUGUUGAACUACCGUCUGGACCCUGUCAAGACAAACGCUGCGGCAUUCCUCCAGCAUCUCACAUUCAAAAACGAUAAGGUUAAGUCGGAGGUGCGUCGUCUAAAGGGCAUCCCAUCCUUGGUGUCACUGCUGGACCACCCCAGCAAGGAUGUGCACCACUCAGCCUGUGGCGCACUGAAGAACAUUUCAUACGGGCGAGAUCAAGAAAACAAGAUUGCCAUCAAGAAUUGCGAUGGAGUGCCCGCUCUGGUCAGGUUACUUAGAAAAACCCACGACCAGGACCUCACUGACACUAUUACAGGCACCUUGUGGAACCUUUCAUCCCAUGACUCAGUAAAGAUGGAGAUUGUGGACCACGCCCUGCACGCCCUGGCUGACGAGGUGGUCGUUCCUCACUCUGGCUGGGAGCGAGGGAGCAAUGGAGGAGAGGAGAGCUGCAAACCACGCCAUCUGGAGUGGGAAACCGCCUUGACCAAUACUGCUGGCUGCCUUAGGAAUGUGAGUUCAGAACGCAGCGAGGCCAGGAGAAAGCUAAGAGAAUGCACAGGAUUGGUGGAUUCACUCAUGUACGUUGUGCAAUCACAGAUCAACCGCAAAGAUGUGGAUAACAAGUUGGUGGAGAACUGUGUCUGCCUCCUGAGGAAUCUGUCCUAUCACGUUCACCGGGAAGUCCCCGGCAGUGAGCGCUACGCAGAGACCACACCCCUCAACCAGGGGCCUGCCCCCGCUAACAAAGGAGGCUGCUUUGGCUCUCGAAAGGGCAAAGAUGAGUGGUUUUCAAAAGGAAAGAAGGAUGGCGAUGAUGGGAGUGGAGAUCAAGUCGACAUUCCAAAGAGGACAACACCUGCCAAAGGUUAUGAGCUGUUGUUCCAACCAGAGGUGGUUCGUGUUUACACAUCGCUGCUCCGAGAGAGCAAGAACCCCUCGGUGCUUGAGGCCGCUGCCGGUGCCAUCCAGAACCUGUGUGCCGGCCGAUGGGCUUAUGGUCGGUAUAUCAGGGCCACUGUGCGUCUGGAGAAGGGUCUUCCCAUGAUGGCAGAGCUACUGGCUCAUGGCAAUGACCGUGUGGUUCGGGCAAUGUCCGGCGCCUUGAGGAACCUCUCCAUCGACAACCGUAACUGCCAGCUGCUCGGUUUGCAUGCAGUGCCUCACCUUGUGGCCAACCUGCCUGGAGGCCAGAAUCAGUCUGGUCGCAUUCUAUCAGAGGAGACUGUGGUGUCUGUAUUGAGCACACUCACUGAGGUGCUAGGCAACAGUGUGGAAGCAGCAAAGACCCUCCGAGCCUCGCAGGGCAUUGAGAGGCUGGUGCUUAUCAACAAGGAUGGCAAGCGCUCAGAGCGUGAGGUGCGGGGGGCCGGCCAGGUGCUGCAGCUCGUCUGGGCCCACAAAGAGCUGCGCAAGCCUCUUGAGAAAGAUGGCUGGAAGAAGACGGAUUUCAUGGUCAACCUCAGCACCACAAACGGCCCGAGCACACGAGCCAACGGUACCUACGAAGACAGCACCACGCCACUGCUAGACAGAGGGGAAAAGAGGGACAUGAUUCCACUAAAUGACCUUGGCCCUGAUGCCUACUCUACACUGGACCAGAGGGAGAGGAGACACACGCUGGAUGAAACCACAGACACAUUGCCGCGAGGGGUGUAUGGGGGCAGAAAGGGCUCCUUGCCCCUGUUGGACUCCUACGAUGAAAAACUGAUAGUGUGCAUCACCCAGACUGGGCCAUCCCUGCCCUACCACUGCUACUGAGGAGAGAAGAUCCAGAUGCACAGACUCUCUCCCUCUUGUCCCCCCCCCCCUCCUCUUCUUCUUCUUCUUCUCCUCCUCCUCCUCUCUUUUUCUCUCUCUAUCACCACACAGAUGGGAUUAGAAGAUGAGGGUUGGCAUCCAAAGAAAGUGGCCACGUUGCAGGCAAAAACAUUUCAACACACACGUACAGAACAUACACACCUACUUUUUAAGAAUUCAUUCAAUUGUAGCAACAGAAAUAAAUUCAGUUUUUUUUAAAUUAGAAUUCAUCUUUAAAGGCAAUCACCUGUUGACAAUCAUUUUUAAUUCUGGUGUUGUCGUCCUGCUUGUUUUUAUUUUUCCGCUCUAUCGUCACUUACAUUUUUGGUAAAUUGGCCAACACCUGCAUCCUGAUGAUGAAUCUUUUUACGUGGACUUCUAUGUAGGGUAUAUACUGUAUAUAAAAAGAAAAUGGGAUGACUGCAUUAGUUUUGGCUCAUUAAUUUAAAUCAUCCCUUUUACUGGGAUUGCUGGGAGGUUUGGGUUGACAGACUGGCUGCCGCCCUGUAGAUUGAGAAUGUUGUUUAUAUAGGAGUUAUUUUCCUGUCUAGAGUUAUUUUCUCUCUUUUGGGAUGAGCACAGGUGUAGACAAGAAAAGGGCGUGUGUGUGUGUGUGUGUGUGUGUGUGUGUGUGUGUGUGUGUCAUACAGUAAGUCUGUUACUGUGCAUGUGUGGAAAAUGAAUAUGGACCUUGGAGUGAGUGUGUGCAUUGACCAGACCCAUAAGACAUAUGUUGAAUAUUUCAUCCGCUCAUGUUUCCGGUUUGUUUGGUGUGCUUUUACUCCUCUAACAAAGCAUUGUUUUGUUUUGCCUCUUUUUGUGUUUUGACAACUUUUUUAAUUUUUGAAACACACAACAUUGGCACUGAAAUGUGAAGCUGGGAACAUCGUACACUACUAAACCACUAAAACAUUGUGACAUCCUGCUUUAGAAAUCAUUCCUGGCCCAACUGUAAAACAUUCACACUAUAGACAAAACCUACUCAGCAAAUAACACUUCAGGAGGGUCUCUUGGAAUAAUUAUCUUCUAUUUAAAUCUUUUUUUUAAAUUUUUUUUAUCACUACUUGCUGUUUUUUGUUUUUGCAAUAUAAUCGUUCAUACUGGCAUUUAGUUGUGCUGUUUUACAAAAAACACACUUCAAUAUGGGAGAAUUCUUCACUCAGAGGACAUUUGAUUUUUAACUGACCAAUUGGGGAGAAUUACUGACAUCAUUUAAUUUGAGAAGUGAAUAAAAGCACAUUUUGGUCUAUGAUCUAUUUGUUUUACAUUUUUUUUAAUUUUUAAUUUUGUGUUCGGUUUGUGUCCAUUUUAUUUCGGUUUUGUAUGUAUGGGAGUGGUGGGUGAGAGCAUUAUGCAAUUUGUUCAUCUUUUUAGUCCAAGUUUUACUUCUGAGUUGUUUUAAAGCAAAAGAGACCAAUCAUCUUUGUUUAGGUUUUUUUUUUUUUUACUCUCCACACAGUAUAUUUGUAAUGUUGCCUAUCCAUGUAAAAUUAUGAUGUACCAUUCAUACCUGCCUUGGCUCAAAGAAGUUGCUUUUUUCAGUAAAGUAUGUAACUGUUAAAACUGUUUUUUUUUUUUAUAAAUAAAGAUCUUUUCUUAGAC